AUCCUACAAACGUUAAAAAUUGUCGACAUCGAACGUCUCUAAAGUGCCCAUUUACGAGGUAUAUAAAUAGGACUGAACCUGUCGCAUGUUAAGAUCAGUUGAAUUCAAUUAAAUAUAUCGUUGAUUGUGGUCGUGGGUGCGCAUAUUCAGAGGCUGUUGUAGGAGAGGACUCUUACGUUACAUUUAGGACUGGUAAGCAGUAUAACGUCUCUCAGGCCGACCUGGGCGAGGCACAGACGAGCCUGCAUUAAGACCCAAUAGGACAACUUAACGCCGGUCAGGGCUAGGUGAUCAAUAAAGGAACAUCUGCCGAGAAAGCCACUGGGAGCCUACUAGCCGCCAGCAUGGUGGAGGCGCUACGCUGGGAGGACUAUCUCACCAUCGCACUCUACUUCGUCGUCGUCCUCAUCGUCGGCAUUGUGUCGUCAUGUCGACCCAACAAAGACAGUGCGUCUGGCUACUUCCUGGCAGGAAAACACAUGACCUGGAUUCCGAUCGGAGCGUCCAUAUACGCGAGCAACAUCGGGGCGCCCAUGUUCAUUGGCCUGGCGGGCACGGCCGCUGCCAUGGGUUACUCCGUCGCAAUCUACGAGUGGCAUUCCAUCUACUUCCUCAUCCUGCUGGGAUGGGUGUUCGUGCCGGUCUAUGUCGCAUGUGGGGCGUACACAAUGCCGGAGUACCUGAAGAAGCGGCUAGGAGGUCGCCGUAUCCGCCUGUACUCUUCCAUCCUGUCACUCGUGGAAUACAUACUUCAUAACAUAUCGGCUGAGGUGUACUCUGGUGCCAUCUUUAUGCAGCAGCUUCUCGGCUGGAACAUAUACUUGUGUGUCGGUAUCAUCCUUGCUGUCACCGCCCUCUACACUAUCGCAGGCGGUCUUGCGUCGGUGAUCUACACGGACACGCUGCAAGCUGUUAUUCUCAUCAUUGGGGCUACAGUGGUCACCGUCAUGUCUCUAACGGAGGUCGGUGGUUGGAGCGGCAUGGAGACGCGCUUUAUGACAGCCGCCACGAACUACACGCUGGCAAACCAGACGUUCUACCAGUGCGGCAUGCCGCGCCAGGACUCCUUCCACAUAUGGCGCAGCCCCACGACCGGCGACAUCCCCUGGCCCGGAGCGGUUUUCGGGCUCACCACCCUGGGGCUGUUCACGUGGUGCCAAGAUCAGGUGAUAGUUCAGCGCUGUCUGUCCGCGAAGAACCUGGGUCACGCAAAGGCCGGUUCCGUUCUGGCCGCUUUUCUCAAACUGUUCGGCUUCCUGCUCUUUAUAAUUCCUGGAAUGAUCAGCAGGAUUCUAUACAAAGACGAUAUCGCAUGUGCGAGCCCGGAAGCGUGCGACAGGUUCUGCCAGAACAAGGCUGGUUGCUCCAACCUGGCGUACCCGCUCCUGGUACUGCGGCUCCUUCCUGCAGGUGUCCGCGGUCUGAUGCUUGCUGCGUUGCUUGCGGCCCUCAUGAGUUCUCUGACUUCAAUCUUCAACAGCGCUAGCUCCAUCGUCACCCUUGACAUCUGGACUCAGAUCCGGCGGAAGGCGUCCGAGCGGGAGCUGAUGGUGGUGGGACGAUUGACCAUCCUUGUUCUGAUCGGCGUCUCCAUCCUGUGGCUGCCCAUCCUGCAGCAGUCGCAGGGCGGCAUCCUUUGGUUCUACCUGCAGGCAGUCAAGUCCUAUCUGGUCGUGCCCUGGUGCAUGCUCUUCCUGCUGGCAUUCUUCUGGCGGCGUCUCACAGAGCAGGGUGCGUUCUGGGGCCUGAUGGUAGGUCUGGUGGUGGGUCUUAUCCGUAUGGGUCUCGACUUCUCCCAGCGGGCUCCGUACUGCGGCAGCGGAGAGAUAGACAAGAGGUUUGCGAUCGUGGCCAAAGUUGACUUCUUGCACUUCGCCAUCAUUCUGGCCGGCAUUUCCACCAUCGCCAUGGUCGCCAUCAGCAUGUUCACCACCCCUAGACCGGAAAACAAGUUAUAUCGUGUCACGUGGUGGACACGACACGCAGUACCGGAACCGGAACUCACUGACGACGAGGACGAAGCUCACACCACACAAACAGAGCCUGCUAAAAAUGGCAUGCAGAUCGAAGAACCCAAUCAAAGCAUUGCGGCUCCCCCAAGAUACUCGUGGGCAAAUUUUAAACGUUUCCUAAGCAACUGGCUGUGCGGCCUUUCCGACGCGCCGGCCAAGUACAUCUCGCCCGAGGAGAAGGCAGAGAUCCGGCGGAAGAUGACAUCUCUGGAGCACAACUCAAAGUGGGGCAAGGUUCUCAACGUGUCCGCCAUAGCGCUGGCCACUCUCACCGCCUUCCUGCUGGGAUACUUCGGGUGACAACUUGCAGAGCUGUCUCAUCGCACAAAACGAGACAAUUAAUAGUAACGCAUACUUUUUAAACAUAAGCGUACAAGUAAAAAAGCUUGCCGUAUGUUUAAUUUCGAGUGGGUUAUAAUAUCGCUGUUUCCUUUAAGGAUUUUACACGUAUUUUGCGUAAACAUAAGCCCAAAUUAACGAAAGGAACGUUAAUAUAUUUCUUGACUUAAGGUUUUAUUAGCAUGCAUAUAUUUACAGAGUUGUUUAGAAACAAUUAUAGUGUCUUUCCUUUUUUGAUAAACAAGUAGGAUUCUUUCCGAAACCUUCUAUUUAAUUGCGAAUAUACAAAGAGAACUCUUAAAAUAAUGCAUCAAUGGCUAAACAAUACACCCAUGAAUUGAAGUAUCUGCAUGUACGUAUCCGCGCCCUUAAAUUGGCAUCAGGUACGCGCUGUUACUAUUUUAAAAUUGAACCACGUGUUUAUAAGGAGCGAGGUCACCAAUUAAUCCAUUCUUUAGAAUAUAACUUAACUUUUGUGGCAAACCUCCAGUUAGCCCUUUUAAGAAAAAUACGCAAUUUAUGACACAAGGACAGUAUAUUCAAUUGCGUCAAACAAUAUAAUAUCAAUAGUAUUAUUUUUUUAAUUAUAUAUUUUUUAAAUUAUAAACUUAUUUAUGUACAAUUAAUAAGUAUUGAUGAUACGGCUGAUAUUUUUCUAUUGUGCCUAUGUAAAUUCAUGUAAACCGAUAUGUUAUAAUAAAUUGAUUAUUAAUGCA